AGCAAUUGCUGCGCGCCGCGCGCGUACGAGCGGUACGCGGCCGCAGCGGUGAAAAUAGCACUCGUGAGUGGUGCCCGCUGGACUACUGCGUCGCCUGAUCACUGCCUUGCAUUUGUUUCGCACGCAUUUCGGCUGGCUGCUCCGCACAGCAUUCCAUUGCUGGUUCUGCGCAGCUAUAGAUCACCAGUUUUAGGCGCUCCGGAGGUCUGCGCAGCGAUGGCAUGCCGGCGGCUCCUCGCUGUCGCCGCGGUUGCGCGCGUGGCCGCCGGCGCCGUGAGCUCGGGCUGCGGCGUCGAGAGCACGGACAUCCUCGAAUAUGUGGGGAUGGAGUCAUUACCGCUCGCGCUAGACGGCCACAACCACAUCUUGACGCUGCCACAAGACUACGACUACGAAACGCCAGUGCCCCUUAUUCUAUACAUGCACGGCUGGGGCGGCGACGCGUCCGAGGGCGACGCCUUCGCAUCAACAGCAAGGAAAAAAGGCAUCGCUACGGCAGCGCUGGAAGGCAGCGGGCCGGAAAACUGGCAGAGCUGGAACGCCGGAGGCAGCAGUUCAAGUCCAGGGCCGCGCGGCGCCACCUGCAAGCCUGGUAGUACAGACUACUGCUCCUAUUAUGCCGAGACCUGCGAGUGCGAAAACUCGGACGGCUGCUGGUGGACGACGUGCGAGGACUCGACGCGAGUCUUGUUAGAUGCGCUCGAAGCGGUCGAGAAGAUGCUGUGCGUGGACCUGGAGCAGGUGUGGGUCGCGGGCUGCUCGAACGGGGCCAUGAUGGUCUACGAGGCGCUAGCUGAUUCAAGAAGUGCAGGGCUCUUCGCCGGCGGCGUGUCGAUCGUGGGGGCGCCUCACCCCGGCUUCUGGCGGCCGCCCUCGUCCUCCGCCCACCUGCUCGGGAUCUGGGGCCUCUCCGACACGACGAUUCCGUACGAGGCGAGCGAGGACGCGCCGGGCCCCGGCGUCGCGCUCGCGACCGUAGACGAGGACGACGAGCGCGGCUGGUAUGUGUCCCGUGUCCUUGCUGACAAUGAGCCGCGUCGAUGGCGUGGAGGGCGGUUGUUGGCGUACUGGUGGUACUUGUGAACAUCCACGCCAUCGAGCAGGACACCACACUAGCACAGAGCAGCCCCAGCCCCACGCCGUCGCUCAGAGUCCUCACACCGUCCGACGCACCGCAGGUACUACACGGCCGCGCGCAACGUGACGCGGGCGUGGAGCCUCCACCACGGCGGGCCCGCCGCGCCCGUCGCGACCAACGCCUACGGAAAUGGAGACGUGUCGUGUUCCACGUUCGUCGGCGCCUCCAGAGAAACCGUCGAGUGUACAGUAAAAGCUGGCCACGUCUGCGGCCGCGCCGACGAGAUCGAGACCGCGCUCGGCUUCAUCGAGGGCCGACGAGGGACCUCCUCUGAUAAAAGCUCUUCGUCGACGAGCGACGCCAAGGUCGCGACCGCCGCGGCCGUGGCCGUCGUCGUCACGUGCGUCCUUCUUGCUGUCUUUAUCGUCAGCUUCCUCUUCUACCGGCGGCGGUCGCGGUCGCGCGGCAUCUUCGAGCUCGUCGACGUGUCGCCCGUGAAUACGUUGGCGGCCCCAGGCAUCGCGGCGCCGUCCGUCGUCGGCAAACGGCCGACGCCCUCGCCGCUGCGCGGAUCGCCUCCUCCUAGGGCGCUGCGGCCGACUGGCGCGUUGCUGACGCCGCCGCGCGAGGGAGGCGGCGGCGAGUUUCCAUCUUAAUAUAUUGUGUGCACUUA